UUGCCGUAGCAAACAACCUGGCAAUGUUCAUACCUAGCACUACUAGCAGCAAGGGUAGUACAAAAACCGGAUGCGCACACAUCAAUUCCGAAACACAAGGCCAAACACACCAAGCACAACAGAGAGAAUAUAUACAAGGUAAAUAGGGCAACUGAAAUGGCCAGCUUCAGAGCUCUCGCCACCGCCGCGGUCUUCCUCCUGGUGGCGCUCUCCACGUCGCACAUCGCCUCCUCCCUUCGCCCCGGCCUAGGGGUGUGCCGUGCCAGCGGCUAUCUUCCGGGCAAGUCCGGCAACUGCGAGAAGAGCAACGACCCGGACUGCUGCGAAGACGGCAAGAGGUACCCGCAGUACCACUGCUCGCCGCCGGUCACCGCGACCACCAAGGCCGUCCUGACGCUCAACAGCUUCGAGAAGGGCAAGGAUGGCGGUGGCCCGUCAGAGUGCGACAACUCGUACCACAGCGACAAGGAACUGGUCGUCGCGCUCUCCACCGGCUGGUUCAAGAACAUGGCACGGUGCGGGCACCGCAUCAAGAUCACUGCCAAUGGCAACUCCGUGCACGCCAAGGUGGUGGACGAGUGCGACUCCGUGUAUGGCUGUGACGCCGACCACAACUACGAGCCUCCGUGCGAUAAUAACAUCGUCGACGCCUCACCGGCGGUGUGGAAUGCCCUGGGGCUCGACCAGGACGUCGGCAUGGAGGGUAUCACCUGGUCAGAGGAAUUAAAGGAAAAAAAUGUGACGGUGAUGGAACAAUUAGACAUCAAUUUUCUUGCUCAGAAACUUACCUUGGAGUUGACAAACCAAGAAAAGGGACAGUAUGUUACAUGCCCAGUUAAACCAGUGGUAAUCACUCUCCAUAUCCAUGGUGCCGCAUCGUCCACAGCUAGCAAGCACGUGCCAAAGCCCAGUGGUGGCCGCUGCCAUAUCAGCGGCUUCCUCUACGGCAAGGCUGGCAAGUGCAACAAGGAGAAUGGCUCCGACUGCUGUAUUCCCCGCCACCGCUACCCGCAGUUCAGGUGCUCGCCCCCAGUGUCCUUGAAGACAACGGCAACCUUGACGCUCAACAGCUUUGCCCGUGGGGGUGAUGGUGGCGGGCCAUCCUUCUGCGACGAUCGCUACCACAAGGAUAGCGAGCUGGUGGUGGCGCUGUCUACUGGGUGGCUGCGCCUCGACGGCACACGGCGGUGCAACAAGAUGAUCCGCAUCAGCGGGAAUAGGCGGUCUGUGUUGGCCAAGGUCGUCGACGAGUGUGAUUCAGUGCAUGGCUGUGACAAGGAACACAACUUUGAGCCGCCAUGUGCAAACAACAUCGUGGACGGGUCGCCAGCGGUAUGGAAGGCGCUGGGGCUCAACAAGAACAUUGGAGAAUUCAAGAUCAUUUGGUCUGAUGUGUGA